AUGGGGAAGUUAAUUCCGCGGUAUGUUGGUCCUUAUGAGGUUUUGAAACGAGUUGGAAAAGUUUCCUAUGAGCUAAAACUACCGACUGAACUAUCUACGGUUCAUCCGAUGUUUCAUGUUUCUAUGGUCAGGAAAUGCAUAAGCGACCCGAUGUAUAUUCUACCUAUUGAAGGUUUAGGGGUGGAUGAGAAACCCUCCUACGAGGAGGUUCUGGUUGAGAUCCUUGAUCGCCAGGUCAAGAAGUUGACGACCAAAGUGGUUGCCUCCAUAAACGUCUUAUGGAGGAACCAUGUUGUUGAUAGGGCAACAUGGGAGGCCAAAUCCAUCAUGAAGUCCAGCUACCCUCAUAUUUUUACUCCUUAA